AUGGCCGCCAAGCGACGUGGACGCGCACUCUCGAAGAUAGAGACUAUUGAGGCCGACCCAGCUCAUCACCUCAACGGUCCAUUUGCGCCGCAAACGCCCUUAGACAUGGAUUCGAGCGUUAGCGAUUCCCCCCCGAACGUUAGCCAGACUAGGAACAGCUCGGCGGAGCGAGCUGCAGAGUCCACGGGAUUGUGGUCCGACAUCAAGACUGGCAGAUGGAUUGUUCGCCCAGCCUCUUCCUUCAAACUUAUGCUCAUUCCUAUCGUUCUCUACUACAACUGGGAAUGGAUCCAGUCGUAUCUCGGCACCAACCACCCCAAUCCGUUCGAGCCGAUGUUGUACAUUUCACACCGGAUUCCGGAUUCCCCGGAAGACGACCCCCGCUACCAUAAAGGUUACAUGGAUCUUGUCUUCGUCGCUUACCAUAUGAUUGUGUGGUCGUUCGUUCGACAGUUCAUCACACUCAAUAUCUGCCGUCCCACGGCGCGGUACUUUGGCUUGAACAAACAGUCCAAGAUCGAGCGGUUUGGAGAGCAGGCUUACGCGAUCGUAUACUUUGGGUUCUUCGGCGCAUGGGGCUACGCAAGUCCUCUUUAUCGUAUCAUGGGUCAACUCCCGACAUGGUGGUACAACACAAAGUACUUCUGGAUUGACUACCCUCAUUGGGACAUGAAGCCCGAGCUCAAGCGUUAUUACUUGAUGCAAGCAGCAUAUUGGUGCCAACAGCUCUUGGUAAUGCUGCUCAGGCUCGAAAAACCGCGGUCGGACUACGCGGAACUCGUAGCCCAUCAUUUCGUCACUCUUUGGCUAAUCGGAUGGAGCUACCUUAUUAACAUGACCUUUAUCGGCAACGCUGUUUACAUGAGCAUGGAUAUCCCGGACUGGUUCCUUGCGGUCUCCAAAUUGCUGAAUUACCUGAAACUGGACCAUAGCAAGAUCGUAUCAUUCGUAGUGUUCAUGGGAAUGUGGUCAUAUUUCCGACUCUAUCUCAACUUCGUCAUGCUCUGGUCCGUGUGGUUCGAGUUUGACCUCAUGCCCGAGACAUCCAAGCGUUGGUACCCCGAGGACGGCGUCUGGUUGGUGUGGUGGAUGAAGUACCAGAUAUUUGCACCCCUCCUGCUCCUCCUCUGUCUGAACCUAUUUUGGUACUACUACAUUCUGCGAAUCGCUUACCGGGCGGUAUUCGCUCCGCCCGACCAGGUCACCGAUGACCGCUCUGACGACGAAGACGAUGACGCGGAGCCCGAGACGGACGAGAAGAAAAAUUGA